CAUAACUUACAUCACAUACAUCGCAUACAUCUCCGCGAGCGAGCGACUCUUCCGUCUUGCCGAUCUGCAGCGAAAACUAUGAAAGCUAUAUAUGCAAGGUAUAAACUCCUAUGAGGAUGGAGACGGAGUCAGAAGAAGCCAGGUACGCUGAGCCGAAGAAGCGGCGAGUUCUUAAAGCUUGUACGGCAUGUAGAAACUCCAAAUUGAGAUGUGAUGGAGGAAAGCCAUGUACUCGAUGCAGAAAGGCCAACGCCUGGUGCGAUUAUGUGAGAACCGCCGAUGAUGCUCUGAUUCAGAAAGUCGCGAGGCUCGAGGAGGAACUCACAGCACUACGGAACUCGGCUCCUGAUACCUCAACCGCAGUGACUCUGCUGCAGUUACAACAGCAGCAACAGCACCAGCAAAUCCAGAAUAGCAUACCUUCUAUGUCGCCUUCGUCGUCGUAUAAUCAAGUACAGUUACAGUUUGCGAAUGCGGGAAGUCUUGCUUCAAUUGGUUUGACGAGUCAGGCGCAGGUUGUUCCGCCUCCUGACAUUAUUCCAAUUCAGCCUCCGCUCCUAGGAGAUAGUGGAUAUGCGGUUCCGCAACCCGGUUUAAGCUUGAAGCGGAGGAGGAGAGAUUUUGAGUUGACAGUAGAAGCUACUGCUGAUGCUGUGAGCAAGGGGUUGGUCACUGUGGGUGAUGCGUAUCUGUAUUUCCAGACGUUCUUCCAAGGAUGUGAUCGAUACGUCCCUGUGUUUGAUCCGGAAUACGAUACCUUUGACAGCGUAAGGCAGAAAAGUGCGAUGCUGUUCGACUCAAUCUGCGCAGUAGGAUGUCGAGCUCAACAUGGUCCGGGAUCCGACCAAUACCGGAUUCUCACCAACGCAAUCAAAUCCCCAAUCUGCGAAGUGAUGCUAGGAACGGUCUCUAAAACAAUUGAGACCGUCCAGGCACUACUUAUCAACGCAUGCUAUUCUGAGAAAGGUUGGCUGUUAACCAGCAUGGCGACUCGGAUAGCCUUGGAUCUGAACUUACCUGCUGCGGUCAACAGACUGUCGAGUCUCAUGUUGCAGGCUGAGAAGAGAGAUAGAGAAGAGGAGGCGAAACUGAUGAGAGAAGCGAGGGUGUGGUUUGGGAGUUUUGUGUUGGAGCAUAUAUUGAGUUUAGAUUGUGGAAAGCAUCCUGGAGUGAAGGCUGUGGAUGGGAUGAGGAGGUGUCGAGUACUGCUGGGGCAUCCAAGUAGAACUAUGCUGGAUUUCAGACUGCUGGCUCAAGUUGAGUUGAAUGCAAUUCGAGCACUUGCACAAGAACGUCUUGUGCCUAAGACGGGAAGCGAGAAUUAUUUGAGUGAUGAAGAAAUGACCGAAAUUGUCCAAGAGACCAGGGUUGACUUGAGUGUUUGGUUGAGUGACUGGACCAAUCUUGUUGAGUCGCAUAUCGAUAAAGAAGAGGAGAGAGCGAGUCUAGAAAUCAACCUCAAGAUCCAACGAGACUGGUCCGAAAUGACCAUGCUAUGUCAAGGACUGCAGGGAAUGGGAAUUGAAAACGUCGCCAUCAUGUCCGACUCCCAGCAGAACCUCAUCCGCCUAGCAAAAGUCAGCGCACAGCGACAUCUCUCAAUCAUCCUCUCGAACCCCGAAUUAUAUAUUGCUACCUUCCGGUAUGGAAUGGAUUUCGUGUGGGCAAAAUGCGCCUUCUCAGUUCUCCUCCUCCUCAAACUUGCGCGACUCCUCCCUUCCUCCUCAACAGACAUGUCCAGCCUAAUCACCUCCGCCAGAAGCUUACUCUCACACCUCUCGAAAGUCCGUGGCUCCAGCAACAUAUACUACCGGAUCCUCUGCCUGAGCGUUGAGAAGUGCGAGAAAGCACUGAAUCUGAACGGUCUGCCUGUCUCAAGUAGUGGGAUCGGAGCUGGUGUUGGGAAUGAGGGAGGAGGGGAGGUGGAUGCUGAGGUGGAUUUCCAGAGUUAUGUGCCGAAGGAAUUUAUUAUGGACUGGAGUUUUCCGGGAUUGACGUUUUGUUGGAUACCGUUUGAUUUUCAGGACUUGUUUAUGGAUUUUGGAGGUGGGUUUGGGGGUGUGCCGGGGUAGCUGGGGGUGGAAGGUGAUGAUAGGUGGUGGAUUUGGACAAAAUUGGCAGAGAAUGAAG